UGCCAAUGCCAUCCCCCACGCGUCGGCGCGCCCCACCCAUCUCCACACUUUCCUCAUCCCACGGCGCCCAUGCCCACCACCUGUUCGACCACCUGACACGCCUGCCAUGCCUCCCGCCCUCACCUCCAACCCCCCCUCCUUCCGCCCCCUCUCCACCCCUCUAACCCGCCGCCGUGCCGCCACAACCUUCCUCUGCCGUGUCGGCCCUGGCAAGCCUUCCAAGGACACCGGCGCGGAUGACGAGCCGAAGAAGAGGUCGUUCUUCGCCGAUUUCGGUAAGCUCUCGGAUGGAAGGUCGCUGAUACCGGCCUUCCCGCCGGCCGCGGCUGGGUCUCUGUUCGCCGGCGGGAGGGGGAGGAAGGACCCGCAGACAGUGUUCGUCGCGGGCGCCACGGGGCAGGCGGGAGUUCGCAUCGCGCAGACGCUGCUGCGGCAGGGGUUCGCCGUGCGCGCCGGGGUGCCGGACCUCGCGUCCGCCCAGGAGCUGGCGCGGCUCGCCUCCGCGUACCGGCUCAUUUCCCCCACCGAGGCGCGCCGACUCAACGCGGUGGAGUCCGAUUUCGAGGACCCCGAGGCGAUCGCCAAGUCCAUCGGCCCUGCAACUAAGGUGGUGGUUACAGUCGGCGCAGCUGAGAAGGGGCCCGACGGCGGUGUGGUCACCACCGACGAGGCGCUCCGAGUUGUGCAGGCUGCUGACCUUGCCGGCGUGACACACGUUGUGGUGGUGUACGACCUGGGGGCCGGUGACCCCAGUGGUGAGUCGACGUACAAUGUGCUCGACGGGUUCACGUCCUUCUUCUCGAACCUCUUCUCCCGUGUGCAGUCCUUGCCACUAAACGAGUUCUUGGCUAAGGUGGUGGAGACCGACGUCAGGUACACUCUCAUCAAGACGUCACUCACAGAUGACUACAGCCCUGAGAGCACCUAUGGCUUGGUCCUGGCCAAAGAGGGCGCGUCCAGCACUACUUCCUCAACAGAAACCGGCAAGGUGUCCAAGUUGCAGAUUGCUGGUCUUGUGGCAGAUGUCUUCUCCAACGUGGCAGUCGCGGAGAACAAGGUUGUCCAAGUUUCCACUAGCUCAUCAGUAACAUCCAAGACCAUAGAGGAGGCUUUCUCAGCUAUCCCUGAGGACAGUAGAAGGAAGGAGUACCAAGAUGCUGUUGCAAAAGCACAGGCAGAAGAGGAGACUCGGGCUUCGCAGCGAACUCGUCAGGCAGAAGAGGACACUACUACGGUCAAAGCCGGGGGGAAGAAGACGCCCUCUGAUGAGGCAGCUGCAAGUGAGGCGCAAGCUUCUCUGGAGAACCUUCUGAGCAGAGCCAAAGGGUUCGGCACGGACUUCUCAUGGGAGAAGCUCAGCACACAACUUGCAGGAGUGGCCACUCAGGACUCAGACGAGGUGGAACCAAAAGCGCAGAUCGCCACCGUGAGAGGCCAGGCAAAAGCAAAGAAGCUGGCACCACAGAGAGCUGUUGUGAAGCCCGCGGCGCAGAAGACAAGACCAACACCAAAGCAGCCGGAAUCCAAGCCGGAUGUGAGGCCCGUGUUUGGGGGACUCUUCAAGCAAGAAACAAUCUUUGUGGAUGAGGACUGAGCUAAUGCAGACUCUGCCAUUUUUCUUAAUCUUUUGUAUGCUAUAUCUAUGAAGCUCUUGGUGUAUUCUUGGAAAGUGAAUGAGUGACAGUUGUAUAAAAUUGGCUGCAAAACCGUAUAACAUUCUCUGCAGGUGAGAAUUGUUCGCUUAUUUCGGAA